AAAUAAAUGUGUUUUUAUUUUAUAAUAUUUAAAUAACCCGGCAAAAUAUAUGAAAGCUGAAAAGCUUUUUUGAAAUUUCCACGAAAUUUCCCUUUUGGAAAUUUCCAAAAUGCAAUGAUUUUUGGCUCAUUUGGAGGUCACGCCUGUAGGUCACCGUUUAGUCUGCUUCGAUCGUUCGUGGUAGUCUGUCACGCAUUUAGGAAUUUAAACUCAAAAUACAGCACAAGCAUCAUGCCUAUUCAAAGUAUUAAAGCUCGUCAAAUUUAUGACUCUCGUGGUAAUCCCACUGUUGAGGUUGAUCUUGUAACGGAACAAGGAUUAUUUAGAGCCGCUGUUCCUUCUGGUGCUUCCACUGGUGUUCAUGAGGCUCUUGAACUUCGUGAUAAUGACAAAUCGAAAUAUCAUGGAAAAUCUGUAUUCAAGGCUGUUGAUAAUAUCAACAAGCUUAUUACACCUGAAUUAUUGAAGGCUAAUAUUGACGUCACUCAACAAACGGAAAUUGAUAAUUUACUUUUGAAAAUCGAUGGCACACCUAAUAAAUCAAAAUUGGGCGCUAAUGCUAUUUUGGGUGUUUCUCUUGCUGUUUGCAAAGCAGGAGCAGCUAAAAAAGGAGUUCCACUUUAUAAAUAUAUUGCCGAGUUAGCGGGAAAUAAUGAUAUUAUUCUUCCAACACCGGCUUUUAAUGUCAUCAAUGGUGGUUCUCAUGCUGGUAAUAAACUUGCAAUGCAAGAAUUUAUGAUUCUUCCAACUGGAGCGGCUAAUUUCACUGAGGCAAUGAAAAUGGGAAGUGAAGUUUAUCAUCAUUUGAAAGCUGGAAUCAAGAAGAAGUUUGGUCUUGAUGCUACCGCUGUUGGUGAUGAGGGUGGUUUUGCUCCAAAUAUUUUGGAAAAUAAAGAAGCUCUUAAUCUUAUCACAGAUGCCAUUAAGGUUGCUGGUUACGAAGGCAAAAUCAAGAUUGGUAUGGACGUUGCCGCUUCUGAAUUCUUUAAAAAUGGCAAAUAUGAUUUAGAUUUCAAGAAUGAAAAAUCCGAUCCAAAUACUUAUUUGGAACCGGAGGCAUUGAAAAAUCUUUAUUUAGAUUUCGUUAAAGAAUUCCCAAUCGUUUCCAUUGAGGAUCCAUUUGAUCAAGACGAUUGGAGUUCUUGGACAUCAAUGACUGCAGCAACUCCCAUUCAAAUUGUUGGCGACGAUCUUACUGUUACCAAUCCUGAAAGAAUUAAAACCGCAAUUGAAAAGAAGGCAUGCAAUUGUCUAUUAUUGAAAGUAAAUCAAAUUGGAAGUGUAACAGAAUCAAUAAACGCUCACAAACUUGCCAAGAGCAAUGGCUGGGGUACAAUGGUCUCACAUCGUUCAGGUGAAACUGAGGAUACAUUUAUUGCCGAUUUAGUUGUUGGUCUUUCGACAGGACAAAUUAAAACUGGUGCACCAUGUCGUUCUGAGCGAUUGGCAAAAUAUAAUCAAAUUUUGCGCAUUGAAGAAGAACUUGGAAGUGCGGCUAAAUAUGCUGGUGAAAAAUUCCGAAAUCCACAAGCUUAAAUUUAUUAUUAUUUUCGUGAUUAAAAAUAUAUACAUAACAACGUUAUCAUUUUAGGCUUUGCAUUGUUAUGAAAAAAAAAUUUUAGCUAUUGUCCUGUUUCACGUGUAAUAUAACAAAAAAAAAAAAAAAAAAUUACAUCUUAAAAUUGCAACAGUUUUUAAAUUUAAACAAUUUUUUCUUUUCUUUCAUUUUUUUUUCUAUUUCAAAAAUUUGUUUCUUUGCAUAUCAGUUUUUUUUGAAAAUGACUUUCUUUUUAUAUUUUUUAAUUUUCUCGUGUUUUAAAUUUUAGAGAGACGCCUUUAUUAAAUUAGAAAUGAAAGAACGUGUACUAUUUUGUGACGUUAAACAUUAAAAAAGAGUUUAAAUUUUUAAAAUAUUUUAGAUUAGUGUAGACAAAAAAAAAAACAAAAUACUGUUUAUCAAUUAUUGGGACAAUAUAUCAGAUGUGAGAGAAUAGUUUGCUAUUCCUGUGACCGAAUGUAUGUAAGCCAAAUAAAAAAAAUGUAUGAACUUGUAAAUAA